CUUCCUCCCAUGAUGUCUACAACAAUGGCGGAAGGUCUGUCCGAGGAGCAGAUUGUUGACUUCAAAGAAGCCUUCUGCCUCUUUGACAAGGAUGGAGAUGGUUGCAUUACGAUCGAGGAGCUGGCGACGGUGAUCAGGUCGCUGGAUCAGAACCCGACGGAGGAAGAGCUUCACGACAUGAUUACGGAAGUCGACGCCGACGGCAACGGCACCAUUGAGUUCGCCGAGUUCUUGUGCCUCAUGGCCAAAAAAAUCAAGGAGACGGAUGACGAGGAUGAACUUAAGGAGGCGUUCAAAGUGUUCGACAAGGAUCAGAAUGGAUACAUUUCCGCUACCGAGUUGAGGCAUGUCAUGAUCAACUUGGGAGAGAAGCUGACCGAUGAAGAAGUGGAACAGAUGAUCAAGGAGGCGGACUUGGACGGCGACGGUCAAGUCAACUACGAUGAAUUCGUCAAGAUGAUGUCGACCAUCGGAUGAUAUGGAUUAUCCGUUUGUUUUUCCGUCGAUUACUCGUCAAAUUUGAUAAUCGACUAGCUAGCUCGAGUUCUGUUGGUAGGUAGUGCAUAAUAUGUAUGUUGUUUAGCGUCGUUAAUUACUUGGUCUUGGCAAUAUUGCCAGUCAUUGUAGGGAUAGACUUGCACCAAUGUGGUCGGUCAUGAUCAGGAUGUUCAAAUCAUUUAAGUAGAUUAAUAGCUAUACUUCUCCUUGAUUGAUCGAUCUCUUUGAUUUGGAUUUUUUUUUGUUGUUGUCUGGCAAACAUGUAUUUGAGUUGUUCAAAAUGUUGAAUUGUAUUCUUUCAUUGUACUCCAAUAUUAUUCGUUAAAUG